AUGUUUAAUAUUCUAGACCUUGUCUUCAACACGCUAAAUGCAUUGAUACCAGCGCUAUACACCAUCAAAGCACUCGAUCAACAAAUAGAGUUUCAACCUAGCUCAUACCAGUUUUUGCUCAAUUAUUGGCUCUAUUAUAUCUCACUCAAUUUCAUUGCAUCGACGUUUUUCAAUGAUUGGGGAUUAGUGCACUUAUUGGCCAAUUUAAUCAAGUGUUGGUUAUUCUAUUCUAGUGAGCAGCUGCAGAAUAAUGUUGCCUUGGUGAACCAUGUGCUAUUUAAGAACUAUAGCCAUCGGAUGAGACAGGGUGAGAUGAUGUUUCUGCAUAUUUUAGCAAGAGUGGUGCCAAAUUUGGGUGAUGUCAAUUACCAGGUGCAUACUUUUGGCAUCAAGUAUGUCCAACCAAUACCCGAAGAUGUGUCCAUCGAUGGAGAUGCAAUUAUGGAGCAAGUGUGGAGGCUCUUGCGUAUAUGUCAGUCGGUUCUUAUGGUUGCCACGUCGACAACUACAGAAGCAGCCAAUAAUAGUAAUAAUAACAACUUGAAGUCAAAAAUGGAUACCCCAGCAACAAAGAAACUCCGAAAGUUGCGCAACGUAAGGUCAUUUACUUCGCUAAACUCACGAGAUAAUUCUCAUUCAGAUUUGAAGAAUUUGAAACACGAAAGACAAUCAUCAUCACUGGGUUACUUAAACAAAUUUUUUGCAUUAAACUCACAACGACCUCAGUCUCCUGGCAUUGAAAUUACACAGCAAAAAUAUAGAAAUGUCAGCUCUCCUGCUGCAGCUUCCAAUUGGGAUGGUUCAUUGAGUAAUGAUCACAAUGGACACGUUGAUGGGCAUUUUGCUAGGACAAAGAGAAGAUCAAAAUCUGGAAGUGACUACGAUUUGAAUGCACCGUCUAUGGGGUUUAGACAAUUGCAAAUGCAAAACUCCCAUGAUGACCAGCGUCAACAACAGUAUAAGCAGCAGCAGCAGCAGCAGCAGCAACAGCAACAUCAACAUCAACAGCAACAGCAACAUCAACAUCAACAGCAACAGCAACAACAACAACAACAGUAUUCCAAUUAUGUAUACCUGAAAGAACCGAGAGAGAGUGGGCUUGCAACGAGAGGCGUCAAAAUGAAACUAAAUGCCAAUUAUGACCCCCAGCAACACCGACAAGAACAGUUGCAACCACACUUUGUCGUUGGUAAUAGACUGACUCCACAUACAAUUCAAGGGGGACAAAGAAAUCCUACUGUCAAUCAGAAUGAUGGGUUUAGAGUCAGUCUGCGCGGAUUAAGAAAUAUUCAGGACGAAGUAGGACAGGGUGGACAAAUACAAGGACAGGGCCAGUUUGAUGAAUUACCCGCUGCCCCUACUCCAUCGAUGGUUAUCAAGUAA